CACACGCGCACACAAAAUCUCCUAAAAGAGCAGGAUUAUUGAUCAAGAGCAGAACAAAGUUCACCAACAGUUGACUCUCACUUUCUGGCCAAUCUAAGGCUUAGAGGCGGGGAAUAGAAAAUGUGCAAGAUGAUACAUAUGUGCUUCAGUUCCUCAGAGGGGAAGCGGCAGUCGGAUCUGACUUUCUCUGCAGGGAAGAACGAACUUUGUGAAGAUGGUUUCACUUAAAUCGCCGUCUCUGAUGCCGGUGUCCUGUACAGAGGCUCUGCUCGGUGUAGGGUGCCUGGCUGUCGCUGUCCUUGCCUUCCUGCUUGUUCGCCAACUGGUCAAGCAGAGAAGACCCCCGGGGUUUCCUCCUGGUCCAUCACCCAUCCCUAUCAUCGGAAACAUUUUUUCUCUGGCCACUGAGCCGCACGUCUUCCUCAAAAGGCAAAGCGAAGUUCACGGACAGAUCUUUAGUCUUGACCUAGGAGGCAUCAUGACUGUGGUAUUAAAUGGGUACGACUGUGUCAGGGAGUGUCUUUACCAUCAGAGUGAGGUGUUUGCCGAUCGACCAUCGCUACCUUUAUUUAAGAAAAUGACUAAAAUGGGUGGGCUUCUUAACAGUAAAUAUGGCAAAGGCUGGAUUGAACACCGCAAACUGGCGUGCAACUCUUUUCGUUACUUUGGCAGCGGCCAGAGGCAGUUUGAGAGAAAGAUCUCAGAGGAGUGCAUGUUUUUUGUUGACGCUAUUGACGAACACAAGGGAAAGCCCUUCAAUCCCAAACAUCUUGUGACCAAUGCAGUAUCCAACAUCACCAAUCUGAUCAUUUUUGGGCAGCGCUUUACCUAUGAUGACUGCAACUUUCAGCAUAUGAUUGAGAUAUUCAGUGAGAAUGUGGAGCUUGCUGUGAGCGGCUGGGCCCUGCUCUACAAUGCCUUCCCUUGGAUUGAAUAUUUGCCACUUGGAAAACACCAGAAGCUGUUCCGCAAUGCUGCUGAGGUCUAUGACUUUCUACUAGAGGUCAUAAAGGGAUUUUCAAAGGGCAGGGUGCCCCAUGUACCACGCCACUAUGUUGAUGCCUAUUUGGAUGAUUUGGAGCAGAAUGCAGGAGAUCCCAGUUCCUCUUUUUCUUAUGAGAAUCUCAUAUAUUCAGUGGGUGAGCUCAUUAUCGCUGGCACAGAGACUACAACCAAUACCCUGCGGUGGGCGAUGCUGUACAUGGCCAUGUACCCCAAUAUACAAGAGAGGGUGCACAGGGAGAUUGACAGCGUGUUGGCUAACGGUAGGGCAUCCACACUGGAGGACAAGCAUAAGAUGCCCUAUGUGGAAGCAGUUCUCCACGAGGUCCUUCGCUUCUGCAACAUAGUGCCCCUUGGUAUUUUCCGUGCCACCUCUCAGGAUGCAACAGUCAAUGGGUAUACAAUCCCCAAAGGCACCAUGGUGAUCACAAACCUCUACUCAGUACACUUUGACGAGAAAUACUGGAACGAUCCAGGUGUUUUUGAACCACAGAGGUUUCUGGAUAGCAGUGGCAACUUUGUGCGACGAGAAGCUUUCCUUCCGUUCUCCUUGGGGAGGCGUCACUGCCUGGGUGAACAGCUGGCCCGAAUGGAGAUGUUCCUCUUUUUCACCACUUUGUUGCAGAGGUUUCAUCUCCAGUUCCCUCCAGGAACAGUUCCAACAGUCGUUCCCAAACUAGGAAUGACUUUACAGCCUCAACCUUACUCCAUCUGUGCUGUGCGCAGGCAACAGAAACUUGACACUCCUUAACACGAGUUGACAUGGCUGUUGCUAUGGCCUAGGCAUUACGGUAUUUCCAAAGGAUAGUCAGUAAUACAGGUGCCCCUCUACAUCUGAAAAAAUUCAUCCAGUUUAUUCAGCUACUAUUGAUUUUUCAAGUGGGCAAUAUGCAUAUUUGCAGAGUACUUUUAAACAGCAGGGGAGGCAACAAGUACUGGAAGGACAUCCUGGGAACACAAAUGUGCUAUUGAUUUAAUUCUCUGGGCUCCUGCACCUGGAAACUGAAAUGUCUGUGAACCUUGGCGCAGGGGAGAUGAUUUAGGCCAAUGAUUUAUAAAACAGACGCCCAUGAUGGUUCAUAGCCCUGCUGUUGAAGGACAGCUACGGACAGAUAAAUGACACCAGUUAUUCAUACAGUAUGUGUCGGGCGAAAUGGGACUAACAGACUUUC